UUUUUUUAUAUUUUACGGCAGUAUCUUAAAGAUUCGUUUUAGUUUGUUUUGUAGUUUUUUACUCUUAUAAAACUGAAGGUUUUCAGCGGCGCACCAACAGUCAAAUUGCAACUACUGAACAAUUCGGUCGGUCGCCCCCGGUUGGUUGAUUUAAAGCGGUUAAUUUGAAAUAAUAAAUUUUCUAAAUAAUAAUAAUAAAAAAUUCUUGGCUAAAACAAGUUGUUUAAAAGUGUUGCUGUCUAAAACAAACGAGAUCCAUAACACUUUUCACACACUUUAAACAGCAAUAGCCUGUGGUUCAAUAACCGUUUUUAUGUGAUUUCCAUAAGAUUAAACAAAAUUUUACAUAUUCAUUCACACUCAUAUAUACUAUUUAUACAUAACAGUAUAAGCAUAUGAUAAACGGCCAACAUUAUAAAUAAUAUUUAUAAUGCAACAGCAUUUGCCGGCAAAGAGCAGUAGUUGCCGCAGAGCAACAUUUUCAAAUCUACUACCGUGUCUAAAAAUUAAUCAUAAUAAACGUAAACAUAAAUGUAGUGGAAACAAUAUUAUGUUUACAUUGGCUUUCAUAAUCGUAGCUACACUCUUGAACUUGUGCAGCGCUGGUGUGCCACACAAUAAUCAUCAUCGUUUUCUAGAAGCGGCACAACGAUCAUCAUCAUCGUUACAAUUGGCUAAACAAUGGAAACUGUUUUCGUAUAACUUCCUGUCGCAUGCCCCCGUGAAUGAUAUGAAUUUCUUUAAUCCAUCAAAUAUCUUGGCAACUGGUCUUGUUAUAACGGAGGAUCGUUUCUUUAUUGCCACACCAAAGUUAUUCUCUGGUGUACCAUCAACAUUGAAUUGGAUUUCAAGAUCAGACUAUGAAGAUUCACCGGUUUUACAGGCCUAUCCCGACUGGUCUUUCGCCACUACCGGACGUACCGAUUUCAAUUGCAGUGAUUUAGUUUUAAUUUCCGUCUAUCGUCUUCGUUUAGAUUCCUGUAAUCGUUUAUGGGUUCUAGAUGCUGGUAUCUCACGUUCCCUCGAAGAUUACGAAAAGACUUGUCCACCGAAAAUAUUAGUCUUCGAUUUAAAAACCAAUCAAGUGGUAAGGCGCAUAGAUUUUCCUCAAGGUGUGUUGAGAGGCGAAUCUCUAUUUACCAAUUUGAUUAUAGAUGAAACCACCGCUAAGGCGGGAACUUGUGAUGAUGUUUUUGUUUAUAUAUCGGAUACCGUAGAACCAGGUAUUGUGGUCUAUGACAGUAUACGUGAUACAACCUGGAGAGUUUCCCAUCCGGCCAUGUAUCCAGAUCCUGAUUUUGCACAAGCUGAGAUACUCAAUGAUCGUUUUGUAUUAAUGGAUGGCAUAGUGGGUAUAACAUUUGAUGCCAAAAAGGGAUUAAUUUAUUUCCAGCCUUUCGCCACUGACAGAAUUUUUUCCGUUACCCGUGAAGUUUUAAGAGCUGGACCCAUUGCCAUUAACCAAGUUCUGCCCGUAAAGUUGGUGGGUAAGAAAUCAUCACAAGGUAUUGGUAUAGCAGUAACAGAUGAUGGCACAUUAAUCUUUGGUCCUUCGACUGAAACUGCUAUAGCUACCUGGAAUCCUAAUACAAAUGAACAACAUAUUUUGGCUCAAGAUAAAGAUCAUUUACAAUUCCUUUCCGACAUUACUCUGUCACCACAUGAUCCUGGUUAUGUUUAUGCUAUAGCUUCUAAAUUCCAUAGAUUCUUUUUGAAAAAUCUCAAUGUGGAGGAAGUAAAUAAUCGUAUUAUUAGAAUACCCUUACCAGGCUAUGCACCCACCCUGCCCGCUAUACAGCCUUCGCCAUAUGCUCUUAAACCUUAUAGCAUACAAAGUAAUCUCAAUACCUAUUACCAGCUGACCAACUCCCUACAGCCGAAAUUAACCAAUGCAGCUACAUAUUUUAAUAGACCGGCUGCCAGCAGUAGUCAUCCUUACAGUUUUGAAAAUGCUGGCAUUAUCAAUUAUUCCGUUAAGAAUCCUUUUACCGCCCUCAAUCAGGGAGAAACAUUCCCUCCCCGUAAAGAACUGCGCAAUCAGGAUAAAUAUUCAUUUCUGGAAAGUUUAGCAACAAUACCUUCAGCAGGACGUGCGUUGCCACCAGAUCCCUCUUCAUUAUUAAAUCUACAUCCUAAUGGUGCCUCAGAUUAUUAUUAUUCCCGUCCGGCACGCAGUGCUAAUAAAGAAACAGAAAAUGUAAGUGAUCCGCAAAAAAAGUAAUAGAGGAAGAAUAGUGUUUUUCUGUAUGUUUCUUCAUUUAGUUUCUGUUUCUGGAGUGUAAAUUUAUUUUUGGCAUAGUGUGUGUAGUAACUAAAGUGCAAUUUGGAGUGUAAAUUUAUUUUUGGCAUAGAGUGUAGUAACUAAAGUGCAAUUAUAUAUACGUAAAUACAAAACAUAUUUUUUGUUAAAUUAAGUGAAAAUAUUUGCAUAUUUUAAGGCAGUUGUUAUUGAGAAAAAAGUACGAAAAUACAAAACGAUAUGUAAAUAUUUUAUGUACGAUGUAAGUGUGUGUAAAUAAAUUAUUUAGAAAUAAAAAUAUUUUUU